AUGGAGGCGGCUCUUGCCGAAGCGCGUUGCGCGGCCGUGUCACUGGUACUCGACUUUUCGUACGGUGCGUCCUCGAUCUCUGGGUUUCGCAUCUUCGAGGACCGUGGUCGCAGAGGAUGCUGGAGGCAGAUGAAGCGGCUCUGCUCGGAGUCGAGUCAGGCCACGCACUUCCUGGAGAUGGCCGGAGCUACCUUAAUUGGGCGUCGGCUCGCUGGAGAGCAGCGUGUCUUUGACGCAGUGCAGCGCGUCAGGGAGUUGCUGGCAGCCGCUCCGCCGCCUCGCACGAGCUCACCGGUCGUGGAAGCCGGGUUGCUGGCUGUGGAGCUGGUGCUGGACCCCCUGGCCUCCGAGGAAGCUCGCCUCGGCUUGCAUGUGUGGCCAGGCUCGUCCCCGACCCAGGCGUACCGGAAGAUGAUGAAGCUUUGUCAUCCGGACAAGCUGCCGAAUUGCGCAAAAGCCGCCAGCGCUGCCAUCGAGCUAUCGAACCUGUCGGAAGCCGUCCAGGCCGAGCGCGAUGACUUUCGAGGCGCCCCUCUCACACUGGCCGAGACUCGGCUCAUUGAAGCCGUGCGGCGAGCGGAGCGCAGCACACCUCCUGCUCAGGCUCGCUGA